AUGCCUGUCCUCAUGCCACAACCCGCUGUGAAGCGGAUUACAGAGCCUCAAGUUGGUCACAAUGGCUACACUGGAUUCCACCCUGGCAAAGUCGAUGUCUUCAAGUCUGGAUCGCAGCCUUUUGGCUCCGACACGAAGCCGUUAAUCAGCGACAUCCAGCUCGAGCAUGACGUAGAAGUCGUUGCUCGAGACGGCAUCAGCCUCUACAUAGAUGUCUACAGACCUACAGACUCGAAGGAGAAGAUUCCAGCCAUCCUCAGCUGGUCACCUUAUGGGAAGAAGUACAGUGCUCUGGACAUGCUUCCCAUGACCAUCUGGCAUUCUUGUGUCAAGCGGUCAGAUCUCUCAGGCUUGGAAAAGUUCGAGGGUCUAGAUCCUGCUGCGUGGUGUCCUAAGGGCUAUGCCAUCAUCAGCGUAGAUGCUCGAGGCGCUGGGAACAACGGCGGUCACAUCGGUGUGAUGGGUACCCAAGAGUCCGAGGAUGGCUACGAUGUUGUUGAGGCCGUGGCAAAGCUGCCUUGGUGUAACGGCAAUAUUGGGAUGGCAGGGAACUCGUAUCUGGCGAUCUCCCAAUGGUUCAUUGCCGCACAACAACCGCCCUCGCUCAAGGCCAUAGCACCAUGGGAGGGCCUUAGUGAUUUGUACCGUGAACAAUUCUGUCGAGGCGGAUGGUUCAGCAUGCACAAUUUCGAUUUGAUUACCAAAGAAAUCUUGAGAGGCAACCUAGCAUCAGGCGUCGAGGAUUUUGCAGAAAUGUACAGACGAAGCCCAACUAUGAACGGUUUUUGGAAAGACAAGCGUGUCGACUUCACAAAGAUUCGCUGCCCGACUUAUAUUCGUGGAUCAGAUGUCAGCGGUUUGCACAACAUGGGCUCUAUUCGUGCCUGGAUGGAGAUCCCACACGAGCAGAAGUGGCUACAAUGGGGCAGCUGGCAAGAAUGGUUCGAGCUAUACAGUCUGCCCGAGUCAGAGCACCAUCUGGAGUCCUUCUUCGAUCGCUUCUUGAAGGAGAAGAACAAUGGCUGGGAAGAGAAGACGCCCAAGGUGAGAUGGAACAUACUGCAGUUUGGUGACCGAGCCCCAAUCCAAGAUGUUGUCAUCGAGGACUUCCCGGUGCCAAACACUGAAUAUAAGGAGCUGUUCAUGACCGAGGGCGGGAAGCUCGCCACCUCGACCCCAUCGUCUGCCCAGGUCGCUUCCUACAACUCCGAAGACCGUAACAGCAUUCUCGAGUUCACGCACACCUUCCCGGAGGCUUCUAGACUUCUCGGUCUACCCAAGGCAACUGUCUACAUGUCUUGUGACGACCAGGACGACUUCUUCGUUUUUGUGCUACUGAGGAAGAAGGACAAGGACGGCAAUCUACUCAUGCAUCUUAACUUUCCCUUCUCGCAGUCACCAAUCAAAUCGAUGGCGGAGAUCGACCAGAACAGCACACACAGCGUCAACACCCACGUUGGCCAGAUGGGUGUCCUUCGGGCAUCGCAACGUGCGAUUGAUCCAUCAAAGAGCAUACACCCCAACUUCCCAUUUCACACCCACGAAAAGCAGGAGAAAGUGCAGCCUGGUACAGUGGUGAAGCUGGAGAUCGGUAUCUGGGCACUGGGUGUCGACUUCGAUGCCGGCGAGAGCUUAAGCGUGAGGAUUUCUGGCCAGAACCUCACAGCCUCGGAAUUCACAGCAUGGUCCGUGCCACGUCCUGACCAUGAGCUGAACCAUGGAACGCACAAGCUGCACUUCGGUGGCGAAUAUCCCAGCUCGGUCAUCAUUCCGUAUGUAGGCAAGCCUUAA